UUGGAAAGGUUACACGCAUUUUCGCUUAAAAGAUCCACAGAUUCCAAUAACAAAUGUCGACCCCAAGUACUCCGGAAUGGGUAAAUCAACAACUUUUCAGUGAUCUACUGCAACACAAUUGCAGUGAGUUUGAUGAGAUACAAAAGUUUGAAGUGUCGGCCGCAAUCAGUGGAGGCGAAAAUUAUUUGACGAUUGUACUGAGAAUCGGAAUUAAGUUUCGACUUAAGGAUGACAGCUGCAAAGAUGAGAGUUACAUACUGAAAAUUCCAUUGGUCAACGAUCGUGGCGAUCAGCACGACUUUCAUGAAUUUUUUAUUGCUGAGAACGAUAUGUACGACCGUUUAGUACCCGAGCUAGAGCAACUGUAUGCCAAGCAUACAAAUCUCUCUGUCAGAUUUAAGCCCGCGCAUCUGAAGUUCAUAGAAAACCCACCCAACUGCGACUACAUAUUGAUGGAAGAUCUGCGUAAGCAAGGGUAUAUAAAUCUGGAGCGAAUGUUGGGCCUCGGCCAAACCGAAAUUAAGGCCGUGCUUAAGAAGUUAGCUCAAUGGCAUGCAGCCUCCGCUCAGAGAGUCGUCGAACUGGGCGACUACGAUGAAAACUAUCAGAAAAGUUAUAUGUCCGCCGAGGGCCAAAAAUGGAUCGAGCAAGCGAAUAUAACAUUCAAUGUGCCCUACUUGGAGUGCAUGCAGCAGCACUACGAGCUGGAGCCAGGUCAACAGCAAUUGAUUACCAACUACAUGGAUCGCUUGACAGACCUAUAUUUGGACUUUGGCCGUGUAAACAGAUGCGAGUUCAAUGUGCUCAACCAUGGAGAUUUCUGGUGCAAUAAUUUUCUCUUUAAACUGCAUGCUGGCGAGAUCCGCGACAUUUGCUUUGUGGAUUUUCAGUUACCAAAAUAUGGUACACCAGCUCAUGAUUUGUUCUGCCUUCUGAUGACAACGCCCAAUUUACACAUUAAACUGGAGAAAUUCGAUGAUUUCAUAGAGUAUUAUUAUGACGAGCUUAUUGCGCAUCUAAAGAUGUUAAAAUAUGCCAACAAACUGCCCACCUUAACGGAAUUGCACGAAAAUCUACGCAAGAAUAGUCUCUGGGCAUUUGUAUGCGCUCAACGUAUGUUGCCCGUAACGCUGUUUCCCCCCAGUCCUGAUUCCAAUGUUACGAACUUUAUGGGCGACUCCGAGACAGCUAUGAACUUUAAGCGUAAAAUGUUCACAAAUCCCAGCUAUGUGAAGCAAAUAAAGCUAAUACUACCCUGGCUUAUUCAAAGAGGCUAUAUCAAUUAGACGCAAAGAUUAAGAUAUAUACCAAACUGUCCAAUAAAAGUUAUUAAAUAAUAAUAAAUAUAUGUUAACUGCAUAGAUAAACUGAUUGUAGUUCUGAGAUAGUUAAGAAUAAUGAUGAGACUAUUUAUCAUUCCGAAAUGUGAAAUUAG